GUUGGUGGUCAUACUAGACUGAUGGUUCUAAAUCCUGGGACGAUAUGCAAACCUCUGAACUACAGGGAAUUGGAAUUCUAUCAGAAUAUUCAAGAACAAGACAUCAAAAUGUUUGUACCUAAAUAUAAAGGUAAGCAGAGUACAAUAAAUCAAAAAGUGGAGCCAGGCAAAGACUCUCGAUUUAGGAUAGCAGUGCCCUCUUUAGAUUUUUCUCCCAAAUGUAUACACAAACCUCCAAGAUGAUAUCAUGUUCAAAUUCUUUUUAUUGUCAAAGUCAAAACUGUAUUGAUGGAAAUAUGAUUUUCAUUUUGUCGAUACGAGACGGUGAAUGCUAACUUUGGAGGAAAGUUACAGUUGAAAAUGAUGUUAUCUUGUACUAUGGUUACGUUAGGAUUCAUUAGCAUUGUACCAACAUUAUCAUGUAACCUUUGUAUAGAAGCUUUGAAACUGAAAUAAAUACUGAAGAAAAAAAUAACUGACUGAUUUGUGGUGCAUGCUUAACACUCAUAAAAACACCGUUUAUUUUCUUGAUAGAACGAUUCUUUUGUGCCAGAGAAAAACGUUAUUUACAAUUCCCUUUUUUAGUUUCAUGUAUCCUUGAAAAUUUUGUUAUCUGUAUAUCUGUUGUACGAAUGGAUGAUUCUGUUUGCAAAUAAAGCAUGGAAGACUAUAUUUACUAUUUAUAUAGUUAUUUUCUUGUGUGAAACGACUCCCAAAUUUUUCAAAAUUAUCUUAUUUUUCUUACUCAUUUAAAUUAUUGAAUAAGAGAUUUUAUGUUGGUGAGGUAAGUAAUUUUUCAAUUAAAUCAUAAUUUCUUGAUGAAUAUGAAGUCACAGAAUUGAAUUUUUCAACUCUGGAAGAUGUUUGCAGGCAGGUUGUGUGUUUGAAAAAUUUCACUAAUUGUUUUUGCCUCUCCUUCAGUAUUUUGUGUACUAGGAAACUUUAAUUAUCUGUUGAAGGAUCAAUUCUGUGAAAAUUGUAUGAUUGACUGGGGGGAUUAUAUUCUUGGUUAUCCCAAAAUCGUUUCCUUGUUUUAUUGAGGGUUUCGCCUGCCCUGCCAUGGAGUGGCUGACAGACGGACUGGCCAAUGGCACCCAAAGCUACCAUGAGAAAACGCAACUACGUGUCGAUAUAAGGGGAGUGAUGCAAGCGACUUUAUGCAGUGGUGGAAAGAUGGACAAAAGGUACAGUCCUAGUUUUCGAGACGAUACUUCCAGGAAUAAAAUUGACCGAAAAAGGAAAAGGGAAGAUGUUCUGAAAAUGAAAGUUCAUCACACUGGAAAUCCGAAAGAUGUUCUGAAAAGCAUUUCCCAUGCAGACAACACAAAUAAACAAUACUUCUUGAUGCUUGAGAAUAUAACUUCAAAAUUCACUCAUCCAUGCAUACUUGAUCUCAAAAUGGGCACCCGACAACAUGGAGACGAUGCUUCGGCUGAAAAAAGGUCUAAACAAAUGGCUAAAUGUGCAGCCAGCACUUCGGCUACUCUAGGAGUAAGACUAUGUGGAAUGCAGGUAUACCAAGCAAACAAUGACAAAUAUAUGAAAAGAGACAAAUAUUGGGGAAGAGAGUUGAACGAGGAGGGUUUUCAAGAUGCCCUCUGCACGUUUUUCGACAAUGGUUUCGGCUUACGAGUGUCAGUUAUAAGAAAGGUUAUAGCAAAACUAGAACAGCUGCGAGGAAUAAUUGAAAAACAGAGUUCCUAUAGGUUCUACUCUUGUUCUUUAUUGAUAGUUUAUGAAGGCAAAGUUGACAUUCCGUUUGUACCUGAACAUUUGGAUGAUUUGGAUACCAGAUCAUCAGAAGAUAACAGCCGAGAAGUCCCAUGUUAUUAUGAUGCUGAUACAAGCAGUUCCUCACUUGAAUUCAACUCAAGUCAAGAAGAAGUGUCCCAAGAUUCACAUCAAAGGAGUUUUGCAGAUAGAGCUGCAAGGUGUAUCAAAUCUAGUAAUUUUUUAAUUUCCGAAGAAACGGUAUUCUUAGAUACUCCACCAGUGCCCCCUAUCCGAACUUCCAGCCCCGUGUCUGUUGAUAGUUGGAUGAUGUAUUCAAACAGCAGUAGCGAUGAGUAUUCCUCAUCCGGAAACUGUAACGACGGAAGUUCGAAUGAAGAAACAUCAGACGUUGAACCAACUCCCCCAUACAGGAGUAAACAGAUUAGUAACCUUCAAUUCAGGAAUCUGGAUAUAGAAGAUGAAGAUGCCUUAGCCCCUAAUUGUUCACGCAGUAACUACACCAAACGACCUCGUGUUAAGAGCAGAAAUAGUUCCUUGGCAUCUGUUAGCACUCUUCGACAAUCAGUUCCAGAACCAGCAAAUGUGGAUGUCAGAAUGAUAGACUUUGCGCACACCUCAUUUGUAACAAAUGAUUAUAAACCUUUACCCAACGCCAUACAUCACGGUCCAGAUGGUGGAUUUCUACAAGGACUUGAUAGCCUCAAAAUGCUGCUUUCACAACUUUUGGAAGGUUGAUCGUGAUCUUGUUGAAAGUAUUAUUUGUAUAAUGAUGAAUGUGCGACGUCUAACUUAAGUCCAAGUCGCGCUUCUGUCAGGAUGGUGCAAUGCUGAAAAAUAAUUAUGAUCAGAUUCAACAACAGAAGAUACAAUAGUUUUUAAGAACUUGGCUUGUAAUUUUCAAUAUCUCCCAGUGAUAUAGAGUCUUCGAACUCUAUAGACCAUAAGAUUGGCAAAAAUUUAUGUGAUAAAUAGAUUAGGUUGAAUAGUCCUCAUUCGAUGAGGACAGUAUGAAAUGCUGAAUUGUUAUUUUUGCAUUCCUGGAUGAAACUAGUUUCCAAAAUAUUUUCAGAAAUGAAUCCAAAUGCUAAACGAGAACAGAAAAUUCGAAAAUAUUCAGCUCAAAAUAAAACUGAUCAUAUUCUUCAAUGAAGAUUUUGUUCCAGAAGUAAGAAUCUGGAGAAAUGUAGAAGGAAAUUCGAAUACUAGAUUCUGCUGGACACUAAUUUUUUAAUUGAAAUAUAUUCAAAUCAAAUCGAAGUUUAAUUCUCACCCAGGGACAAACAUUUUUUUAUUCGAAAUGAAGUGAUGUAACACAUUGUAUAUACUUUAAGGGAGAAUAAGUAUUUGUGAAUAAUUUUAAAUUUAGCUUGAUAAACAGUAUUCUUGUACAAAUUAAGAGCCUGAAAGACGGUUGACUGACCUGAAAUCUUUGUUUUCUUUUUAGGUAGAUGAAAAAUUUAUGCUUUUUGAAACUAUUAUAAUUCCUUCGUGCAGUUUACUCGAUUUUCUGACAUUCCAAAAUUUGUACACAACAUUUCACUUGUAUAAUUUGAAAUCUCCAAACCAAAUCAUGCUGCAUUUCGACUUAAUUCUGACAUACAAAUACUCAGUGCAGGCAAUAACAAAAUGUAAAAAUACAAACCUAACCUGAAAAAUUCGAAUUUAGCACUAUGAAUCCAAUACAAAUUAUAAUAUUGAAUAAAAUCUCUUCGGCUUUUUGUUUGAUCCGUCAUUUUUUGAUUGACUCGUGCAGUUUGUUGGUAUUUCAAGAUUUUUAUUUGAAAUUUUGAAAAUUUUCUUUUAUUCCCAUAUUGGGAAAUUGCAAUGCUUCAAAGUAUUUCAAGCUACUUCAGAAAACAGAAAACUGGUUUGGUAAGUUCUGGUCAUAUACAUAUAUAUCAAAUUGUUUCAUCUUCAAGUUGUAAUAUUGUUGAAUUAAAAGAAUUAUAAUAC